AUGACACCCUCCAUCAUAGCAACCUGCAAACAGACCCGAUUCCAUCUACUCCAUGAUCAGCCCGCGCAGGAGGUCACUGCUAAUGCACUCCAGAUCGAUGUAGAAGGUCUCACCAUCGCAGUCACAUCCUCACCGGCCGAUACAACCGACGACGGCGAUCCCUCAAACUCCAAAGCAAAGGGGAAGUCGAAAGCGAAAUCCAAAUCCAAGGCCGACGCGCGCGAGCUCAUUGUCGAUGCUCACUUGAGACUCAAGGCGGGGGUGCAUUAUGGCCUGAUUGGGCGGAAUGGGACAGGGAAGUCGAGUAGGUUGAUUAAAAGGGUUGACAUUAGCCGGUCUGAGGUGCUAAUGGAUGAUGAUUAUGAAGCGCUACUCCGCGCGAUGGCCGACAAACUGGUUCCUGGGAUUCCGCAUCCGACGCGCAUAGCGAUUCUGCAGCAGACCGAGACGGAGGAUGAGGAGCGGAUCGCCCAGCCCGAGUGUGAGGACCGCGACAGGCGGGACCUGCCUGUGUUGGAGUAUGUCAUGAGCAGCGAUCGGUUCCGGAACGAGGUUGUGAGGAAGAUGGAUGGUAAGCUGUACGUAGAAGUCCUGUCGAAGAGCUUCGAGACGGAUGAUCCGCUAUCGCCUGUGCGGGCGAUCCGAAGAGUCCGCCACGAUGAGAUCGAGGCGCAGCUGUUUCUUGCGCAGAAGAAUGCCAGCCUCAAGAGUGGUGCGAGGGGGUUUCAGGCUCGGAAGGACUUGAAGGCCGCUGAGGCGAGAUACGAGGCUUCAAAGGAGCUGAUUGAGCAGCCUGAUCAGUCUAUUGAGGCAGAGGUGCUCAAGGCUGAGACACAGGCGGCGAUGGAUACUUUGCAGGAAUUACAGGCUCAGUUUGAAGUCAUGAAAUUGGUCGAGAUUGAGAAGCAAGCUCGACAGAUCCUUAUCGGACUGGGGUUUGACGAAGCCAUGCUCAGCAAACCCUUCCUGACUUUAUCCGGGGGCUGGCGCAUGCGUUGCCUGUUGGCUAGUGUUCUUAUCCAGAACCCGGACAUCAUGAUCCUUGACGAACCGACAAACUUCCUAGACCUGCUUGGGGUCGUCUGGCUGGAGAAUUACCUACAGCGGUUACGCGACUCGUCCCAGACGACCAUCUUGCUGGUAUCUCACGACCGAGACUUUGUCAAUGCGGUCUGCGAGGAGAUCGUCAUCCUGCGCGACCAGAAACUGACCUACUUCAGGGGCAACCUUUCCGCCUACGAGAAAGACUUUGAAGCGCAGAAACUCUACUGGGGCCGCAUGAAGGAGGCACAAGAGCGCCAGAUUGCGCACAUGGAAGCGACGAUUCGAGAGAACAUCAAGCUGGGCAAGAAGACCAACGACGACAAUAAGCUGCGCAUGGCCAAGUCCCGGCAGAAGAAAGUCGACGACCGGAUGGGCGUUCAGGUCAACGCUAAUGGCGGUCGCUUUAAACUGAACAGGGACCUGGCGGGCUACCAUCUCACCGCGCGAGCUGAAAUUGAAGUACCAACGGACGAAAGAUGUAUAUCACUUAUCCUGCCCGAUGCCAGUGACCUGCGCUUCCCCGGUCCGUUACUCUCGGCGGAGGGGUUGUGUUUCCGGUACCAGCGGGAUGCACCGCCGAUACUGAACGGGAUCGAACUGGUAAUGCACAUGGGCGAUCGGGUCGGGAUCAUGGGGCUGAAUGGUUCUGGCAAAUCUACGCUCAUCCGCCUAUUGACGGGCAAUCUACAGCCAACGCAGGGGAAGGUAUCCACCCACUCCAGGCUGAAACUAGGAUACUACGCGCAGCAUUCGAUCGAGGAGCUCCACGAACAAGGUCGCACCGAUCCUACACUGACCGCAUUAGGUUUCAUGGCCAAGGAGAUCAAUACUUCACUCGGCGAGGGCGAGAUCCGUGGUUUGCUGUCGUCACUGGGUCUGCAGGGCAGGAUAGUCUCAGACGUGCCCAUUGCACGAUUAUCGGGAGGCCAACUGGUCCGUCUUGCAAUUGCCAAGGUAAUCUGGAACGCGCCUCAUUUGCUGGUUCUUGAUGAAAUCACAACGCAUCUGGACUUGCCAUACCGUCACGGCUCUUGCGACUGCGCUGUCGUCGUUCAACGGUGCAAUCCUCCUGGUCUCUCACGAUCGGUUCCUGGUCCGAUCAGUCAUUGA